AUGUUGGCACGGCUCAUUCUCAUCGCGCUGAUGGCGUGUGCAGCUGAAGGAUACUUGCUGCAUGACGAGCUGUCGACCAAGAUCAGCAGGAUGAAAGCAGGCAUCGCUCGGAUGGAUGAGUUUGAGAUGCCAGUCAGCAAGAGGAUCAUAAAGUACAAGCUCAAGAUCGCCAAGUCAGAGAACGACAUCUCGGAGUUAGCAACGUUCAGCUUCGACUCUGAGUUGUCAACAAGAGCCAAGAGGAGCCUUUCAAGGGAUGACAACCAUGCUGAAACCUUGAUCGUCACGCAGUACUUCGCGGCGAAGCAAAGAACACAGACGCUGUUGGCGGAGUUGAAACGGGAGGAAACUCUCUUGGAAGAUUUGCGGAAGCAGAUUUCUCAUGAUUCAUUGGGAGAGAAAAGCAGAGAGAGGAGAAGGGAGGAGACGGCAGAUGACGGUCAUUCACUAGUCAAUAGUGGACAGCAAGGAGGACUGUCGCAGUACAUUCCGAAACAAUUCCGAAAGAAGGAAAGUGAUCUGUUGCCGAGAGUUGAGAAUGCAUGGGGAGGACCGGUCCCAAUCGAUCAACAUGUUCAAGAGCAAGGAAAAGGAGAAGAGCGAGCACAGGACAAACUCGUCCAGAAGCCCGCAUCAUCGGCAUAUCAAGUUCCAAUGAGAACAGCGGAAUCUGACUGGAAUCCCGCGGAACAAAAGUACGAGAAGUCGAACGAGCAAGAUGCGAAGAGAUCGUCUGUUUCGCCUGACAAGAGCAUGAUCAAAACUUUGCCUGCUGUCAAUCAGAUUUCCUCUCCUCACCGCAAACAGAAAGCUUCCAAUCCGUUCAAGGAGAAAAUCUCACUCACGGACUACGCAAGCUGGUCCAAUCAUGCUAAGAUCAACUUGCACAAGUUCUGGAGAGCAACAACAAAUGAUCAGCACAAAGUCAAUCGAGCUGUAAAGUCCGAAGAAAACAGUCAAGAACAGUAUCGAUUCUACUACCUGGCAUGUUUGCUCGACCCCAAGUUUUCUCACGGGAAGAAAUCCCACGAAGAGCGUUCAGAACAUGUCAAGGCUCUAUCGCCUCCCACAGAGAUGGAGAGAGCUGUCCCUACUCAAGGAGACAAGGAGCAGAGCAAGGGAGAGCAGAGAGGGGAGGGGGGAGAGGAAGAGGGGGAGGCAGCAGUGCAGGUCAGGGUCGAAGUGAGCUCUACCCUGCCAUGCCCAUCGCCUGGUGGAGGUCAGUUCACAAGAGCAGAGCAGAGGAGGAGUUCGGGCGAGUCGUCAGCUUCGCAGUCUGCUCGCCAUGAUCGCAAGGGAGGGAGGAAGCAGCAACAUCUCGCCAAGGGCCUUCAGUUCACGGGACACGGCGAGUACCACCAGAUCGAAUGGCCCAGGAUCAACUCGACGGUGCUGGAGGAGGAGGAGAAGGGGGAGGAGGAGAUGGGAGGGAAGCCCAGGGAGAAGGCGGGGGAUGGCUCAAGGAGGAAGCUUGAACUGCAACCUACGGCAAGGAUGACAAGGAGUAAGCAGGAAGGAAGGGGCAAGGGGGGCGAGGGAAGGGUGAACACGAGCAGGAUCACAGCGGGGUCAGCGGCGGAGAGGAGGAGAGAAGAGGAGGACGAGGUAGAGGCGAGGAGGAGGGAGAGAGGGGAGGGGAAGCAGAGGAGGGGGAAAGAGGAUAAAGCUACAAGUCCCCCGAAAAGUGCAAGGGAGGGAGGAGAGAAGGAGUCGCUCAACUUUAGCUCUUUCGCUCCCCCUCCUGCAGCAGCAGCGAUGUCUCCUGCUCGUGACCCUUCCAAGAGUCUGCAGAGGAUCCUGGGGAAAGUUGUCAGGACGUUGAUCAAGCCGGAGAGAAUGAAAUCUGUGCAGGCAGCAAACAAGCCCGAGGAUGUUGGGACUGAGCUUGCCCGACCUAGAGGAAGAGAGAGUUUGGUGGAGGAGCAAGGCAAUUUGACUGCAAACGUCUCUAUUGACGUGUCGAUCUCAACUGCGGAGAAUACAUCAGCAUGUUUUGAGAUUGAGAACAAGGUCAAGGAGAAGCUUGUUGAGGACAGUUCCAAGGUUUCAAGCGUCAGUGUUGCUAAUGUUACAUCCGCUUGUUCGGCAGUUGAGCGCGUGUUGCUCGAAUCGAACACAACAGUCCAGCAACUUGCCGAUAGGAACGAAGACGUUCUGAGCGAAGCAAGCAGGGUGCAAGGAGACAUCGAACGAGUCCUCCUUCAGUCAAGGUUGUUGGAAAGUCUCAUAAACUCCAGUGCUGCCUUGCCUUCAAACAUGACAGAACUCUCUUGGCUAAACCUUGCAGACAACCUUGCACACCUCCAACAAGUGAACUUCGGAGCAAGUGAGAUCGUGAGGGCUCCACAAGAACUACCAAUGGAACCCAGCAAGCUUGUCGACCAGGGAUCGGACCUUGAGGAGACAUGCAACCUCUCUUCCUCUCUGCCAACAACACCACGCGGUCCUGGUCACAGCGUGAAGACUGAGAAACGUUUCUUCUUCUUCCGCCGUACCGCUGCCAUUGAAGCCAAAAGUCUCAACACCUCCCUCCGUCCCAAGAGCAUACAGGCUGCUGUUGCUGAUGGCGAGGAGGAGGUACAGAAUGCCUUGCGGUUUCGACCUGCUCCGCUUCUGCACGUUUCAUCUCCCGCAGAGGCUCAGGCGAGCUUCACAGAGGUGAGGAGGAGGAUAGAAAACGAGAAGAUCAGAGAGAGAGAGCAAAUCCUUGAAGAGUCGAGGAGCAAGCACAAGCACGGAGAUGUGAAGAGAUUUGACAAGCAGGACAUCAACACCAGAAAUCAAUUCUUGAGAUCUCAAGAUCAUUCGGCAACGGCAGCGCCAGAGAGAGUUCUGAGCUCAGUUGGGAUCAUAUUGCAUCAUGCCGACAAUGGUGAAGUUUGGAUAGAGGAUGCGAACAAAGAUCCUUUUCUGCUCCAUCAGUCGCGAUAUGAGCAGUCUGAGCAAACUGAUGAAGAGGCGGAGAAUGGUAGGAAACAAUCUCUCAGCAAGAAUCAUUCUCUCGCACGCACAACAAGAGUACUUGGUCCCCUCCGCAGUCACAGCGGUUACAUCGGUAUCCUCCUCGACCUCGACCACACCACCAUCUACGGGCAGGACGGGAACGAUCUCAGCAUCGCCUUUCAACUCAACGGUCUUGAUUUCAGCGCUCUUUGUAAGCUCUACACACACCUUCUCAACCCGCAAGUGAAGGACCUGCUGGAAAGAAUCCGCAAACUCGGCUACAUGUUCGAAGUCGCUCUGUACACAAGGCGCUCCCAUCUCCUGUCCUACAUGUCCCUCCUACGUAGACGAGUGAUCAGCCUCAAGUGGAGGGAGGACUGGCACUUCGGCAGCAGCCAUUGUCUCAUCCCCAGCAAUAUCUCGUCUGCUGAAGAAGUGCUCGAGACGUACCGCGGAGUUGCUCUCAUGCCUCAGGUGAUCAGUUGGAGAAGCAGGAUCUUCACAUGA